GAAAUACAGCACGCACAUGAAAUGAAAGGUCAAACAACUGGCAGUGUCUCACAACUACCAGUCUCUUGAUAGAGAAGACUGAUCGGUAACCUCAGUAGCUUCCUCACCUUCCGCUACAUGGCCUCUUCUCCGCAGAGACUCCAAGAAUGGCCCAAGCAGGACAAAGUUCUGCUUCGUCUUCUUCUUCUUCUUUUAGUCCAGUUGACAGGGGCUCUGGAGCUGCUGCUUCUCCUUCUGUUGCUUCUUCCAUCAAUGGGGAGUCUUCUGGCGCUGCGUCAUCGUCUUAUUCUGGAGCUCGCGAAGAAGAGCAUCAAUUUGGAGAGUUAGAGUCGGAGCAGCAACACAUUGGACUAUCUCGAGGAAUUUUUUUUGCCUUCAAUAGUGCAUCAGCGAUUAGAGAUGAUACUUGGUCUUGCGUCAUUGUAGUCCUCACCUUUUGGUUCUUCGUAUCAAUGACUUUGAUUUUGGGAGUCUAUGGUUCUGUGACUAUAAUCUUAGGACCCAAUUCCUCAGCUCUUAUUCAACCGAGUCCCUUAUUUGUGCAGUCAAUAAAGGUGGAAGAGGUGGAUAGUAAUAAUCCUGGGCUAAUUCUAAAUGGUUUUUAUAAACCUCCAUCACUUGAUGUUGUGAAGUCGUGGACCAAAUCUGUUAACGUCUCUGUUCCAGCAGAUUCUCAUAAGGAGUGGCUAUAUUUCCUGAAUGAGGGAUCUCAAAUAAAUAUUUCAUACUGUGUGAACUCCCCAAGCUCCUCCCUUUUUCUUGUCAUUGCCCAAGGUACUGAAGGCCUUUCUCAAUGGCUGGAGGACCCAACAUAUCCAAACACCACUUUAUCAUGGAAUGUCGUUCAUGGAAGUGGUAUUAUCCACCAGAAAAUACUGAAAUCUUCAAGUUAUUAUGUUGCAGCAGGGAACCUGAACUCAGGGGAUGUAGAGCUGCAGCUAAACCUCAGUAUAAAGGCUUUCCUUUACAAUACAGCUGAAGCUUAUUACUCGUGUACUUUCGUUGACGGCAUAUGUAGUUUGAGCAUUCUGUUUCCAAAUGGAAAUGCUGCUGUCUUAACCUCGCCUGGUCCAGAAGAUGAUUCACCAAGUAAUGAGUGGUAUGUCAAAAUGUCCUAUGGACCGAGAUGGGCAACAUAUGUUGUUGGCAUAGCUGCAAUGACUGUGCUCAUGUUGGCGGCAUUCCACUUCUUGAACAAGUUCCGAUGCAUUCAUGAAGAAGGGACUGGAGUUCAGAAUGGCGAGGUGGAUCCUGGGAGAGCUCCAUUGCUUUCAUAUAAAGAUGAUGAUCUCUCAAGCUGGGGAUCUUCUUAUGAUUCUGUCUCAAAUGAUGAAGAGGAUCUUGAAGAUCUUCUAGCAUUAGGUUCCUUAGAAGGAAAGUCAUCAAGAGAUGGUGAAAAUGGCAAUAAUACCCGGCGUCUGUGUGCAAUUUGCUUUGAUGCUCCAAGGGACUGCUUCUUCCUCCCAUGUGGGCACUGCGUUUCCUGUUUUGCAUGCGGAACAAGGAUAGUGGAGGCUGCUGGUACUUGCCCCAUAUGUCGUAGGAAUAUGAAGAAGGUGAGGAAGAUUUUUACCGUUUAAGCCUUUAAGAAGCAAGCAUUAUUUGUAGCACUUGCACAGCCCAGCUGAGUAACUUGUACUAUUUCAUUGGUAAGAUUAUUCCAUUUCUUCCCUGUUGAUGGAUUUUGAUAGAGUUGCGUUUGCCAAGGAAAUUAUAGGUGGGAGAUCAAAAAUGUUUUCAAGGUGAAAUAAACAUGCCUACUUGUUCGACUCAGACCUACGAUCAUGUAACUUUGUGUUUUGCUAUAAAAUUUCAGAAUACAUGUACUUAAAGUUGAUAUAAUUCAAAGAUGCAUAUGUUAAUGAUCAUUUCUUUUGAAAUAGUGUUCUUUGGAGCAGUAAUUUAUGCAGUACACGUUCAUUCGGUUA